AGCACUCCGAACGUUAAUGCAACUAAACAUUCCACGUGUGAACAAAUAUGAUCAUGACGCCCUGAAUGCAUUUUAUUUAGAAUUGUUCUCCAAAAUAAAUAAUAUCUGAAUUUCCAUCAGGGCUUCAGGAAAUCAAUGUGUACCCAAACUGAGAAAAGCACCCAAAACCAAGCAAUUGUAUAAAGACUGACUGAAUCCAAUGAGCCAAUGAAAAUAUGAAUGUACAGCUAUUCCCUAGAAUAGUGGAAUUUCCUUGAUUUCUAGCUUGACAUCAAAUUGAUAAAAACGCUCAAGGAUAGUCUAGGAGCGUCAUUUGUAUCGUGUUAUUGAAUAAACUAUAUGAUUGAACCAAAGUUAUGAAUAAGUCGAACUCUGCAAUGAUGUUGGGGAGACUAUGAUGGAAAUAUCAACAAUUUCCACAGUUGCUGCAUCUAGUAACGAGGAAAUUAACAACAUAACUACACCAGAUACACGAUGGGGACUAGGGGAUCAGGAUAGAGACAACGAUUCACCGCUUUCUGGUUUAACGGAUUUGAUUACAAAAUUCGCAGCAGUAUUAAUAGGCAUAGCCGGUCUAUUCCUCGUCUUAGUACUGUUAAUAGUACCCUAUGAAGUUUGCUUUAAAAAGAAGAUUCAACAAUUCUUAAGACGUCACAAAUAUAAAGAUCGAGGACAGCGACAAUCUUCAGAUAACAAUACAAUCACUUGUGACGUAAGCCAGGAUGAAACAAACAUCGAUGGUGGAAGGAAUGGUGAUUUAGAUUCUCGCGGUGGUACAAAAAUAGAUGUUCGACCUGUACUAAAAUGAAACCAAAAACGAAUAGGAAGCAGGAGGGAUACAACAUCAUGAGAAAGACUUAGCAACACACAAGGCUAUCAGACAAAUGAUCGCUAAAUGUGGAAUACUCCCCAUACUCCAGUUCAUACGAAUUAGUGAGAUUGAAAAUGUGUAUAGAGUGACAUCUUUUAAAUGAUGGCUGCGCCUAUUACUGCUACGAUGCAAUGGAAUAGAAUGCAUAUAUGUGUGCAUGUUGAUGUGCG